AACGUGAUACAUAUGCCCGUCCUGCCCUGAAUUCGCUGUCUCUUUCUUACGCUACACACUAAUCCUUUCGUUGUCGGUUUAUCAUUAUCAUUAUCAAACAAACAAAUUCUGUUUGAAUAAUCAAUCCAAGGGAAGGGUAGGUUGAUCGUUAUGGCGGUGGAGUACAAGUGUUGCGAGACGCAGUUCUUCUUGAACAUCCUGAUCAUAGUGUUUUUGGUUUUGUUCGCUGGUUUGAUGUCCGGCCUUACCCUUGGCCUUAUGUCUUUGAGUCUUGUCGAUCUUGAAGUUCUUGCCAAAUCCGGUACUCCCAAAGACCGUAUUUACGCAGCAAAGAUAUUACCUGUGGUCACAAGGCAACAUUUACUGCUUUGCACCCUUCUUAUUUGUAAUGCUGCUGCAAUGGAGGCACUUCCUAUCUUUCUGGAUUCUUUAGUCACAGCUUGGGGUGCCAUUCUUAUUUCAGUCACCUUAAUUCUUCUCUUUGGUGAGAUCAUACCUCAAUCUGUGUGUACUAGAUAUGGAUUGGCUAUUGGUGCAUCUGUAACUCCAUUUGUGCGUAUUCUUGUUUGGGUUUGUUUUCCUGUUGCAUAUCCAAUAAGCAAGCUCCUAGACUAUCUGUUGGGGCAAGAACACGUUGCUCUGUUCCGGAGAGCUGAGUUAAAGACACUAGUGAAUUUGCAUGGUAACGAGGCGGGGAAAGGAGGAGAGCUAACACAUGACGAGACAACCAUAAUAGCAGGGGCACUUGAGCUUUCAGAAAAGACAGCUAGUGAUGCAAUGACUCCUAUAUCAGACACCUUUUCGAUCGAUAUCAAUGCUAAGCUUGACAGGAGCUUGAUGAAUUUAAUCCUGGAGAAAGGCCAUAGCAGAGUGCCUGUCUACUACGACCACCCUACAAACAUAAUCGGACUCAUCUUGGUAAAAAAUUUGCUGACCGUUCACCCUGAUGAUGAAGUACCUGUAACAAGUGUCACCAUUCGAAAAAUUCUCAAGGUUCCAGAAAGUCUUCCGUUGUAUGACAUCUUGAAUGAGUUUCAGAAAGGUCACAGUCACAUGGCGGUUGUUGUGAGGCAGGGCCAUAAGAAGAGUCCGAUCUCUGAUGAGACGAAAGAAGUGCGAGUAGAUAUUGAUGGAGAGAAAUCGAAUAGUUUGAAGUCAAAAAGGUCCUUACAGAAAUGGAAGGGUGGAAGUAGUGGUAGCUUGAGGAGUAGGAAGUGGAAUAAAGACAUGAACUCUGACAUUUUAGAGAUACAAGGAAAACCACUCCCCAAAGUGCCUGAAGAAGAAGCAGCAGUUGGUAUUAUUACAAUGGAAGAUGUGAUUGAAGAGCUACUGCAGGAGGAGAUUUUUGAUGAAACGGAUCACCAAUUUGAGGACUUGUAACAGUGGUUAGGGAGGCAAGUUGUCUUAGUUUCAAUUUAGGCGGCCAAUGUUAUGAAACCAGAUGUUGUAAAUGUUUUACAUUACAUUACAAUACAAUGCAUGUUACUUGUCAUGUUUACUUCUUAUCAA